AUGCUGUAUAGGAUUAUUGAAAAGGUCUAUAAACAAAUUCCAUUGAAGUACCAAUAGAGACUAAAAGAUAUAGAAUUCGAAAACUCAUAAACUAUGAGAAUUGAAUUUACUAAUGGAAUAGUCCAAAAAACUUACAAUUAUGAGGUGUUAUCAAACAAAAUCCAAUUGAUCCAAGCCUCUACUGUAAUCAAAGAAAUAGUUAGAAUUUUCCUGAAAUUGGAAACUCUCCCUAUAUUUCCUUUAAUUUAUUUACUUACUUUACCAGAAUUAUUUUGGUCCGAAUUCUUUAUUACAAUGUACACUAUGAUGUGUUUAUUAAUGGAUAUGGCUUUUUCAUACUUGAUUCUCUUUUACAAUAUUAAAUAAAGGUGGAAAUUCGAAGAGAACAUUAAUACAUAAAAAUGUCGAAUCCUAUCUGAUAUAGAUUAAUUGCUCUAAACCUAAAACAAAAAGCCCUCGAAUAAAAUUGAAUGGUAGCAAUUAAAAGUCGGUCAAAUUGUUUGUCUAAAAAAGGGAUAAAAGUGUCCAGCAGAUAUUUUGAUUUUAGAGUCAAGUUAAGAAUAGGUAUUAAUAGAUUUUAAGUUCAAAUAACCAUGCCCUUGCACUUAUAUUAAUGAGGCUUCAAAGACGAAAGGAAUAAUGACGAAGUUCUUAAUAAAUUUAAGUGGAUGGAUCUAGUUUUAAAGUUGUAAAUAAGGUACUAUAAAAUUAAAAAACGAUCCAAAAGCUACUUAAUUUACAGAAGCAAACAUUAUUAAUAGAGGAUAAAUUUUGAAUCAAACUGAUUGGAUUUUUGGAAUUGCAAUCUAGGUUGGACAUGGAUGCUUUUAAUAAAGAGAUCGAUAUUACAAUUGGAACCACUACAAUUAGAAUAGCUUUUAUUUAUUUCUGAUAAAUAUUCUAAUUUUCUUGAUUCUUUUAAUUCCAAAAUUAAUCAGUCAACAAUAUUAUGAAUUCCCCUCUUAUCAAAAUUCUAUAAUAAUGUGUCUAUUACUAUUACCUUAAAAUUACUUUUUAAUAAAUUAAGUUUGGUUACUAAUACAUCAGGUAAAUAUAAAUAAAUUAGAAAUCAAAGAAUCUAAUGACAAAAAAUAACCAUAAAUUUAAUAACCACAACAAUAAUUUUUGGAGUAACCUGAUCCUAUUCUAUAGGAAUAUGAUAAGAAGGUGCUCAUUUAGAUUUAAAAAGUGGCAUCAACAAAUAAUUCUGUUGUUAAUAUUGCUUUAAAUAAAAAAAAUCCAGCUCAAUGUAAAAUUUAUCAAUAUAAUCAAUUAACAAAUUAGAAUAUUUUAGAAUUUAUGAAAACAGAUGUUAUAGUUUUUGAAAAUCCUUAAAAAAUAUUAAAAGAAAAUGUUAGAGUUUGUUUAAUCAUUUAAGACAAAUUUAGAUACUAUUUUAAUUAUGAAAAAUUAUAAAACCUAAUUGAAAAAGCUACUCCAAGUUAAAAGCAAAAUUAUGAUAAAUUGCUUUUAGAUACCAAUAGGUUUUAAGCCUAUGAUGAAUAAAAAACUUAGGAUAUAGAUUUAUUACUGGCAGAGAAGCAAUAGCCAUCUUUAAGAAUUGUAGAAGAAAAAAAAACAUUCUAGAAAAUAGGAUUCUUAAAAGAUUAAAAUAAGGUAUGCCUUUAACAAAAAGAAUUGAAAGAUUCUAAAGAACUAAAAAAAUAAACUACUGACAUGUAAAAAUUUAAUCCUUAUACCUCUUUUCGAAAAUAAAGUGUGAGGAACUUAUUCCAAUCUAAUACACUUGCCUAACAAUAAAAAGAUGUUUCGUUACCUUCAUAAUCUUAGAAUAUUAUUUCACAUUAGAAUUCACCUCAAAUCUAAAGGUAAAGAAGUAGUCACCAUCUUUCUUAAUCUUAAAUACACACUAAUAAUAAAUCAUAGGGAGGAUCAUUAAAAAACAUCAUUCCUACAUAAUAAGAUUUGAGUAAUGAUUAAAUCGUUGGGGAUGUAUAUAAUGAAUAAGAUUUCAUAAGUAAAUUAUUUAACAAAUCUGAUGUAAUAUCAAAUGAAAUUUUAAUCGUUUUAUUAAUCUGUAAUAAUAUUGAAAGUGUUUAUAAUAAGAAAGAAAAAAAAAUUGAAAAUCUUUAUUAUAAUUCUCUGGAUGAAUCAAUUUAAGAUUUUGUAAAGAUAUUUGAUUACAGAUUUAUUUCAAGUUCCACUAUUGAUAAUUUUAAGGUUGAAUAUAAACAAGAUCAAAUCAUAAAGAAGGCUGUAUCCAUAUAAGGAGUUGUUAAAAUUUUUGAUAUUAUAGCAUUAUUGUAGCCAACAGAAAAUCGAUAGAAUACAUUAUCCAUUUUAGUAAAAGAUCCCGAAUCAUUUGAAUUAGAUGAAGGAGCAUUAUUAUACACGAGACAAGAAAUCUGUGAAAAGAAUUAUAACAAUUAAAGAUUUCCAUAAACUAACGAGAUUAUAGAAGAGUUGUUUUGGGAUGGAUAGAAGUCUAUUAAAUAUUUAAAAAAAUAACUUGAUUUCUAACAAACAUAAUAAUUCCUCAAUAAAUUAAACACUAUAAACGAAACAUAUGGAAAUAGAGAGGAAGAAUUAGAUGAUCUUUACUAAUAGAUUGAAUAGGACAGUUAAUUGUUCUUUAUUUUAGGAUUGAAGUAAUUCAUACCUAUGAAAACUUAAUUAGUAUCUUAAGAAAUUUGUAAUAACAAUCUUAAAUAAGAAAAAUUAUUUUAAACUAUUUUAGAACACAAUUAUAAAACUUGUUUUGUGAUUGAUACGUAUGAAGAAUUAAUGUCCUUUUUAAGAACUUAUCACAUAUCGUAAAAAAAUUCAAUCAAUUUAUUUCUAGAAGUCAAUUCAAUUCAGUAUAAAUUUAGAUAAUCUAUUCAAAAUUUAAUAGAAAAAUAAAAUAUUUUUGAACCAUCUUAAUAAAAAUUAAUUGAAAAUUUUAUUGUCAUAAAUGCUGAAACACUUGAGGCAAUUGUAAAAGAUGAUUAUCUAAAAUAUCAUUUUGUUGUGCUCUUUUAUUUUUCAUAAGGAGUUGGAGCUUAUUAAUUAGAUGAGAAAUAGAAAGGGAAACUUUUAAAAUUGAUUACCAUUACUGAAAGAUAUAUAACUUCUAUUGGUUCAGGAUUAGACAAUUAAUAUUUUUUUUAUAAAUCGAAUUACUCCUUUAAUUUAUUAACUUAAGAUCCAUAAUGUGCACUUUCUAACCCAAAUUUUUUAAUCACAAAAGUUGAUUAAAUGUUUAAAUUACUAUUUUUUUAUUGUCCAUCCACUUAUUUAAAUUAUGAAGCUAUAAUUUUAAUCUAAAUAUAUAGAGGAUUUUUAUUUGGGUUUUUAUCUUAUAUGAUCGACUAUUAAAAUCCAUUUCAUACAUUAAAUGAAUUAAUUUUCUUUUAUUUAGUCCCAUGCAAUAUAGCUACAUGUAUUUUAAAUUAUGAAAAUUUCAUUCAUUAAAACAAAUUUGAUAAUAAUUAAUUCGAAAUAUAUAGAAUGAGAUUGGAGCUCAUUAAAAAUAGUAAUAUUUAUCUUAAAAUAAUUAAAAUAAUAUUUUUAGCAUUGAUAGAUUCUAUUUUAGUUGAAAUUUGUUUUAACAUAUUUGAUAUAAUCUAAAAUUAAGAAUUGGAAAACUAUUCGCUGUUUAUGUUCAUAAUCCUUGAAUUAAUUGAAAAGCAAAAAUAUUUUAUAACAAAAUUAAACUCAUAUUAUGACUUAGGAAAAAUGCUUAAGUUAACAUUCUCUUACCUAAUUUUAUUAUUUUUAUUAGCAUUAGUAUAUGGUCUUUUGGUCACAGAUAUAAUUUAUUAAUUAUCAAACAUAAAUUUUAUUUUUUGGAUAUUUGGACUAAUCUUUGCAUUAUCAAUCUCUUAUGUGUUAUAAAAAAUUUUAAUUACAACAGAAUUUAGCUUCCCUUGCAAUAAUGAUAUCCAAUUUCAUAUUGAGCAUCAAAAUUAAAUAAAGUAGCUGAAUCAAUUUUUUAAAUAAUAGAACAAAAAUAAUUUAAAUGAAGCAAAAUAGUUUAUAGAAAAAUUAUUUGAAGGAAAGGAUUUUAUGGAUGAAUGCCUUUUAAAGAAAAUUAAGGGAGAUUAAUAAAUGACUGAUCAAAUGGAAAAAGACUUAAAAUUUACAGAUAAAAUAACAGAAAAGGAUUUUCUAAAUUCACUCAAGCCAUAGAAUAAAUAUAUUUAUUUUAUUUAUGAACUAACUAUAUUUGGAAUCAGAAUCUAUUAAUAAAUCAACAAUCUUCAGAUAGCGUAUCUAGUUAUUUCUGUAGUUUAAUUUGUAGUAAUGAGUCUGUUGCCUUUAAUUUAAAUAUCUAAAUUUAAACCUUUAGUCUUACUUAGUUUAAGAUUUUUAUUUUUCAUUGUACUACAUGCAUUAUUGGAUACUAACCUAAAUGAAAUUUUAAUGUUUAUGAUUUCUAUUUCUUUGGCUCAUCAUCCUUUAUUAGGAAUUUAUGGAUACUAUUGUGUUUGCUUUAUUUCUACAAUAUUAGAUAUGUUCAUGGUUGGAAUAUUUAAUGAUGCUAAUCCCUAUUAUAUUCUAAAUCAUGGAUUAAUUCUUAUAGAAAUGAGCCUUCCACUAAUAUUUCAGGUUUAUAAAACAGAAUUCCUCUAAAGAUAUUAAUAUAUCUUGUAAAAUAAACUAUUAGAUGAGUAUAAAAAGCUAAAUGAUGCCCUAGGUCUGUUGAUGCCUCGAUUCAUAAAAGAAAGAAUGUCAAAAGGAUAGAUAUAAAUAUCAGAAGAUUAAGGAGAUGUCGCCAUUUUAUUUUGCGAUAUUUAUGAUUUUGAUGACAUUAUCAGAAAUGAAUAAAUCAAAGUUGUUGAAUUUUUAGAUAAUUUGUAUCGUCAAUUUGAUUAAUUCUGUUAAGCAAAUGAAUUGUAAAAAAUUGAAACGGUAGGAAAGACCUAUAUGGCAGCAGGUGGGUUAAAAGAUUAUAAUAUGUCUGAUAAUUUGAAUCCAACUGAAAGAAUUUUAGAUGCUGCUCUUUAGAUGCAGGAAAGUGUUAAAACUAUGAAAUAUGGAGAUAAAAAGGCUGUAAUUCUUAAAAUUGGUAUACACUAUGGUAGAGUUAUUGCAGGAGUAAUAGGGGCUCAUAAGCCAUAAUUUUCAUUAAUAGGAGAUACUGUUAAUACAACAAGUAGAGUUUGCUCAACAUCUGAACCAGGAAUUAUAACUCUAAGUUAGUAAGCAUAUGAGAAAGUUAGUAAUAAAAAAUAUUAAUUUAAAUUAAGAGAGGUUGAAGCUAAAGGUAAAGGAACUAUAAAAACCUAUUAGUUUAUUAAAAGCAAUAAAAAAUAAUAGUAAGUUAUUCUGAAGGUUGCUGAUGAUGUGUCGAAAUCUCCAAAUCCACAUUUGUAAAAUUAGAUGUUCAAAAAAAUACAAGAAAAUUUGAAGAAUAAGCAAAACACUAUAUUAAAAAAGGUUUCUUUAAAUGAAGAAAAAUAAGAUGCCGGUCCAAUAACAAUAUAAAAUACUAAUGUGAACGUAAAUACAAAGUUAAUACCUAAUGUAACUCCUUAAUCAAUAUAACCAAUGAUAAGAGCAUCCUCUAGGUCAGUAUUUAAUUCUUCAUACUAAAUGGGAUUAUUUACACCAAAUGAAUAGGAAUAAGAAAAUAAUAAUAUUAAUAAUAACAAUAAUAAUAACAAUAAUAUAAAUAUUAAUAAUAAUAUUAAUAAUAAUAAUAAUAUUAUUAUAAAUAACAAUAGUAACAAUAAUAAUAACAAUAAUAACAUAAUAAAUAAAUUUGAAGAAAAAGAAAAAUUUAAUAUUAAUAAUAUUUAAGGCGAUGGAUUAAAAUCGAGCAUUCCUUUAGGAGGCUAUGCUGCAGUAGGCUCAUAUACAAAAAGAAUUUCAAAUCUAGCCUUAGAAUUAAAUGCUACUAAAUCAAGAAAAUCAGUUUAUAAAAGGGCUGGUACUAAAACAAAUAUAACUGAUUAAGAGCAGCUCUUAGGAAUGGGUACAAGCGGUUAGAAAUUGGCAGAAAGUGUAAGAGCUGAGUUGCCUGGUGUUAAAAGAAAGAGAACAAGAAUAAUUAUUGAAAAAUAAAUGGAUUUUAUAGAUAGGAUUGAAUCUUUAUCAGCUCACAAGACCCCAAAAGAGUUGAAAAUCUAAUCUCAUAUGGAUGAAUUGGAAAUAAGAAAACUAAUUGAUAUAGAAGAUAGCAUUUAUUAAAAUGAAUUUGACUUAAAAAAUGUGGAAGAAAAGGUUGAAUUAUAAAAGUAUGGUAUUUAAGAGUCUGAUUAUAAAAGUGAUAGUCAUGAUACAUACUUUUCAAUAUAUGAUCAAUAUAAAGAUUUUGAUAUAAAAUAGGUAAAGAUUUUUAUUGUUUUUAUCGUAAUAUUAUUGAUAAUAAAGAAUUUGUUUUAUUAUUUAUUAUCAACAGUGAGUGAAAGAUUAUAGGUGAUAAUUAUUUGUUAAUCAGUAAUUAGUUUGAUACUUUCAAUAAUAAUUUAUCAUUUAAAGAAGAUAUUAGCAUUGAAAUUACUCAUAGGAUUCUAUUUCCUAAUAUUUUGCAUAAUUAAUAUUUUAAUUAUCUCUAUUCAUAAUAUAGAAAUGGAAAUAUUCUUUUAGAUAAGUCAAAUAACUGCUGUUUAUUUGAACUUAUUUUAUUUAUAGAUUUACAAUCGAAUGGAUCGAAUAAAAUUAUCAACUGUAUACACAAUAUUAAUCUUAAUUAAUUUAUUAUAUAAUGAAUAUAUUUUGGAUAUUAUUCUUUUUACAAUUUGCAUACUAGUUUCAAGUUUAUUAAUUCAAGAAAAGGAGUUGAAGUUACUAGCUGAAAAUUAUUAAUGCUUUUCAUAAUUUGAAUCCAAAAAUGCAAAAUAAACAUAGAUUUUAUAAUAUCUAUUGCCUUAACACAUAAUAGGUAGAUUCUUUUCAACAGACAUCACUACAACAGACAACUUCACUGAUGUUUUUGAAAAUUGUACAAUUUUGUUUGCUGAUAUUGCAGGAUUUACAAAAUAUUCAAGUUCAGUAGAGCCAGAAUAAGUAGUUAAUAUGCUGAGAAUAUUAUUUUAAUAAUUUGAUGAAGCCUGCCAAAAAUUUCAAGUUUACAAAUUAUACACAAUUGGAGAUUGCUAUGUGUGUAUGGGUAUUAUAGAUGCAAAUAAUAGAGAUCCUGUUGGAGAAGCAAUCAAUGUAGUUCUAUUUGGAUUAAAAAUGAUACAGAUUAUCCAAUAGAUUAAUAAAGAUCCUUAGUUUUAACACUUAAAUAUGAGGAUUGGAGCACAUACAGGGAGAGUUAUAGGAGGUGUUGUAGGAACGGAUGUUGUUAGGUAUGAUAUUUAUGGAGAAGAUGUUACAACAGCCAAUAAGAUGGAAUCAAAGGGACAAGAAGGUAAAAUAAUGGUAAGCUAAGCAACAAAGGAUUUGAUAGAAAGUGAUGAUGAAUGCAUCGGUAUUUUCGAUUUUGAAUUUGCUUAAGAUGUUUAUUUGACUUAAAAUAAUACUACAAUAUCUACUUAUUUUGUAAACUUUGAUUAAAAUGGCGAUGAUUAAUGA